CUUAAAAUCUUUAUCACAGAGAGAGAGAGAGAGAGAGAGGGGCAAAUAGAGAGAGAGAGAGGGGCAAAUAGAGAGAAUGGUGAGAACGCCAUGCUUUGACAAUAAUGGAAGGAAGAAAGGAGCAUGGAGUCCAGAAGAAGAUAACAAGUUGAGAGCUUAUAUUCAGAGAUAUGGUCAUUGGAACUGGCGUGAACUGCCUAAGUUCGCAGGUCUAUCUAGAUGCGGAAAGAGUUGCAGAUUGCGAUGGAUGAAUUACCUGCGUCCCAAUGUGAAACGGGGAAACUACACCAAAGAAGAAGAGGAUAUCAUCAUCAAAUUACAUGAAGCCCUUGGAAAUAAAUGGUCGGCCAUUGCUGCAAAAUUACCCGGAAGAACAGACAAUGAAAUAAAAAACCACUGGCACACCCACCUCAAGAAGCGAUCCAAACAAAACAAAUCAGCUAAGAUAAAAAACCAAUCCACUGGAACAGACAGUGAUCGAUCUGAAUCUAAAGCAGACCACAGAGAGAGAUCUACUGAAAUGUUAAAAUGUGAAGCCAACCAAGAAGUGGAAUCUGAUGAUCAGCCCUGCCCAAUUUUGGAGAGCUCGGCGCUGUUCCAAGAACCAUCUUCAAGUGAAAUCUCAUCCUUGAGCUCUGAUUAUGCAAUGUUAAGUGGUGGUGUGAACAGGGCACUUGAGGAUAGCUUGAGUUCAUUAGAUUCAUUUGCAGAACCAAUUGAGAAUUUCUGGACUCAACCAUUUUUAGCAGACACAUACUGUGAUGAUGAAAAUAAUUUUUCAUCCAACUUCGUGGAGGGAGGAUUUGUGUCUCCAUUUGAUUCAUACUAUGAUGAUGAUAGCAUGGAUUUCUUAUCCCAAGUACUGCAAGAACUUCCCAAAUCUUGAUGACGAAAUUAAGGAAAUUAAAGAGAAACUAAAAUUGUUGAAUGUUUAUUAGUUGUACCAAGUAAUAAAAUCCUAGUAAUACAUCAUUAAUUACUUUCUCUUCCAGAAUAAUAUGACUGAACGGGCUUAACCAGUUUAGCCCGUACCAUGUACCUUGUUAGGUGAUGAGUAAUUUUAAUCUCUCCACUUGAGUUUAAUUUUGUUCCCGUGUAUUUGUUGGGAUUUCUGUCUUUUCAUUGUGAAAAUUUCUUUAUAUUAACUAUGUGUAAUUAAUUCUGUGUUA